AUGUUUCCAAGAACUAUAAGAAGUCUUAUCCCGGUUUCAAAAGGCAGAACUAUUAGUUCCAAGGCAUAUACCGAUGCCAUUGUCCUACUGAAAGCAGACUUGAAACAAGCCAUGAUCAACAAAGAUAACUUAAAAAAAAAUACCAUUAGGUCUCUUUUGUCUACGAUUAAAAACAAGGAAAUCGAUAACAAAGAUAAGCAUUUUGAUGAAUUUAUGCUCUACGAUAUAUUCUCCAAGAUGGUCUCUCAAAGGCAAGAAUCCAUCACCAACUUCAUUAAAAAUAAAAGAGAUGACUUGGUGGAAAAGGAAACCCAAGAAAUUGAACAAAUUUCUCAAUAUCUAAACUCCCUACCAGUAGCCUCCCCUAAAGAAAUAGAAGCAAAAGUUAUCCAGUUCCUAGCUGAACUAAAACAAUCGCAACCUGACCUAAAAUUACCACAAGUUUUCAAUAAAAUUGAUUGGAAUACCAUUCCCAAACAAUGGAAAGCAUCUCCUGCUUCAAUCCGCAGCUCAAUCGCUAAUAAUUUUAAAAAAUCAAUAAAAUAA